AUGACUAAAAAGGGGGCAAUCGAAUUCGCAGUCAAACAAAUUCCGCUAAUAGUACCACUUGAUGAAGAUAGCGUUCGCCAAUUAUGCAAUAACAUACUUAAUCAGCAUCCCAAUGACCCAGAGGCAAUUGCUCAAAAAUUUCUGGACAUUUUAGGUCCAGCAGACAUGUCUUUCAGUUUCGUACUGCAAUUUAAUGAUAAACUUCUAGCAAAGGAGUCUAUGCCAAAUAAUAAUCACGAAAGUGAAUCUGACAAAGGAGGACUAAAAUCAGCGAAGGAAGCUAAAAAACCCUUGAAGAAAGCGCAAACGCCCAUAAAAUCUAGCCAAAGCACGGCGAAAGAAGUGCAGAAGGUUGUUUCGAAUGAAGGAUUAGAGCCAAUAAAGCUGGAAAGUAAUUCAAAGCCAUCCAAGCGACCAGAAAAAGCUUCAUCUCCUUCUAUACCCGUCAGAAGUACUAACGUUUUAUCUCGGGCUAAAAUCUCAACAGUUGAGAAGAAACCCAAAAAAUCGUCGAAAGCUAAAAAAAUUCGCAAUCUUCAAGAGAUUGACGAUGUCUUGAAGGUACUCGAAAUAGAACAUUCUGAGUCUGACUCUUUGAAAUAUACUUGUAACUGCCAGGGAAAUCGCCAUCCGUUAUUCGAAGUAGUGCCGAACUGCCUGUCCUGUGGGAAAAUAAUAUGCGUUCGUGAAGGCCUUCACUUAAAUAAUUGCACGUUUUGUGGAACCGAGUUGAUCUCCUUGCCUGAGAGAUCAAAGAUAAUCGAAAUUUUAAACAAAGAAAAGGAAGAUUUGCAAAGUAAAAAGCUCUUGGAGAACACCGACCAGAAGCCGAAGAAGACAAAAACCUAUAAGAUUUCCUCUGGAACUGGAACCAAUUUAUUUACAGCGCAAGAUCAAUUAUUUGAUAGGUUAGAAAAAGAAAAAGAAAAACAAAUUGAGAAGGAGCAGAAAUUGAAGGAUGUUGAAGAGGAGGAGGCCAAACAAAAGCGGGCAAUAAUUAAAGAUAGUGGGGACCCUGAGUUGCAUGCUGCACAAGAUCGUUUGGAAAAGCUGUUGCAUUUUCAGGAUACUUCAGCGGAACGUACAAAAAUCAUUGAUAAUGCAAGCGAUUUCAGCAUGGAUAAUGACAUUGGAGUUUGGGGUAGUGCAUAUGAACGCGCAUUGAUGCUUAAAAAGCAGCAAAGAAAUUUCCGCAAGUGGGAGAAAAUGGAUCGUGCACGGCAUGGUAGACGUGACAAAAUUGCUCUGGAUUUGAAUAUUGGUGGUGAUGGCAAGGUAUAUAUGACUGAGGUCCUAAAUAAAGCCAAUGCCUAUGCUGGAAGUGACGAUGAUUUAAAUGAAAUUAGCGAUGAAGACGACUUGAAUGAUCUCGAAGAUAUCAAAAAUCUCAAAUCUGAGAUAUCGUCUCAAAAUAAGGAGAGUGCAGAGAAAUUACAGUCAAAUGUGUGGGAUUACGAAAAAUAUGGAAAGCAGUUUCAACGGCCAAAAUAUGUUGACGCUAAGGCCUCGGAGAAAGCUGAUAUUGUGGAAGAGCCAACCGAAGAUAAAAUGUUAAUACAGAGCCAUCACAUGCCAAAAGUUCAAGUUGAAAACAAUGGAGAGGAUUCAUUGGAAAAGAAUAUCUUGGCUGUUUUAUAA